GCAUUACUAUACGUGGCUAACCGUUCCAUUAUGGAGUGUGAAAAGUUCUAAGCAUACAAUUAUAGUGCGACAGUAGUGCAAUCGAUGAUAAGAUUGCACGCACGCGCUUUAUCACAAAACUAAUGUUGUUGAUCGACACGUUUGCGGGUGGGGAUCAAUUUUAGGGCAGGAAUGUGUUAUUUUGCAGGGUUUUUUUUUCGAAUUGUUUUCGCUAACCUGACCUCGGGGCUGCUCGUGCCGCCCAUUGCACACGAUUUGCACUAAAUUAAAACCAGUGCGGACGUGAGAGUUCAGUGCGUGACCCUUUUGCCUCCAUUUGCAUUGUACUAUGGAAUCAACAAAACCUUUUUGCUUCUUCCUCCUGGUGUUCUGGAAGAUGUUACGUCUAAUGGCAAUAGGGAUGGAAGCCGAUCCGACGAAUGAGCAAACAUUGCACAAAUACACUGCUCCCACUCGAAACUGAUAACAGCCCUAUUGUAUGUAUGUAUGUAAUGUAUUGUGAUCUGUCCAGGGCGCGGAUCCACCGAUCCAUCCCUGUCUCGAUCCAUUCUGCACCCGGCAGGGGCUUCUUUCGAUGAUAACCUCCGCCCGUCCGACUACGGAACUCGGGAACCAUCCGCAUUGAUAAGGGUGUCGGGUAUUGCGCGUGUCGGUAUGUGUGCCCGGUGGCCCCCGAUCUGUUUUGCUGUGGCUGUGUGCAUCGUCCGGACUCGAUCAUAAAAGCCGACCCGGACCAACAGAAACUUUCCAGUCGUUGCUCGUUCAUCGAUCGUUACGACCAGAGUCACAUUUUGCCUCAGCGCAUAUGAAAUCAGCUCCGAAUCCGUGCAAGUAAUUGCCUGCCUGCGUGUGUGUGUGUGUUUGAGUAGUCGUGCGCAAAGACAUUGAUGUCAAUGUGUUGUGAACGCCAGUGUGUAGAUGCCAGUGUGUGACUUCCCGUGACCCGAAAGACCUGCAGGGCUGCUUUCGACGCAUCGUAUCUGUGAUUUAGGAGGCGGAAAAACAAGUGUCCAUUCUGGGACCACGUGGUUUUGCGCUCGGUAGUUGGGGUUUCCACAUUUUCCGGACCUCUCAAUAAGUGAACUGCUCCUGCUUGUGAUUUUUACUCUACAGUGAUAAAGAGUGCCCCGUACUUCGUGCAUCGUUUCCAAGCCCUGAACUCGUCCACCCGUGGCGUCCGGGAACUGAAUGGUUAGAGAGCAACGGUGUAGCGGAGGCAGUGUGAAUUAUUUCCAGCUUUUCAGCUCGUUCAGUUUGGUGACCACAUUGUUCGACCUUUACGAAGAUUGCAGCAGUAUGGCCUGUCUUCCUCAGUCAGCGUUCGCCGUGCACAAGAUCCGUCAGGCACAGAACGAGAAAGAUCUCACCGUUGCACGCAUGACAGGUGACAAGCAAGGUCCGAGAUAUUUGAACAAGAAUACUCUCGAUCUGACGCCGGUCAAGUAUAAUGGCAAGCUGAUGAACAGCAUCUGGGGUCUGUACAAUCGCUACUCGCCCCAUAACUUCAAGAAGAACAAUGGAUCGUUCGGUGGUUUCUUUGGCAUGCAACAGCCAUUUGCUGUUGCAUGCUCUCCGAUGGAGAAAGAACUACCGGUACCCAAUCCAGCCGACCAGAAUUAGAUUGGAUUAUGAUAUGUAGCCGAUUCUCGCUGUUUUCUAGACUAAUAGUGUGUAGAAUCCUAAAUGUGAUUUAGAUUGGAAAUAAUAAAAGAUUUAUUCUUUAAUGUUUAA